AUGCCGAGCGAUUCCGACGACGACGACGACGACGCGCGCGCGGACGCGCUCGAGGACGACGCGUCGCUGUCGCCGCUCGCGCGCGGGGGCGACGGCGCGCGCGACGGCGCGCGGGCGAAGACGGAUGCGAACGCGGCGACGUCGACGGGAACGGGACGACGAGGCGGCGCGCGCGCGACGCCGAGCGCGCGGAAGCGCGCGGGACGAGGGCGCGAGGCGGCGUCGGCGGACGCGAAGCGCGCGAAGCCCGCGACGGAGGGCGACGGGAGCGACAGCGAAGACUGGUUGAAGAACGCGAUGCGCGCGCGCGGGCUGGCGACGACGAGCGGAGGACGGAAGACGAGCGCGGGCUCGUUCGAAUAUCUCCUCGCGGAGAAGGCGGAAUUGGAGGCGGGCGUGAAGCGGGACGCGGAGACGCGGGAACGGCGGCGGUUGGACGACGAGAAUUUGGAGGCGAGACGGCUCGAGGAGGCGGCGGCGAUGAAGCGAGAGGCGGAGAUGGAAGAGGCGGCGGCGUUGAAAGCGUUGGAUAGUCACGAGGAGUUCUUGGACGCGCACGGGGAGGCGUUCGAGUUGAGGUACGACGCGGAGACGUUGGGAGCGAACGCGUUCGCGUCGUCGCGAAGCUCGGCCGCGACGACUUCUUCGGAAAGUGACGCGAAGGUUCUCGGGCAGUGCGCGUCGAAAGCGUUGCGCGCAGUCGUGAAACGCGGACUUGAGAGCGUGUCGAGCGCGCGCGAAGAAGACUUGUGGCGCGUGCUCUUGCUCGAGCGGUGGCUGCCGAUGCGUUGGGCGUCGGCGAAGCGCGCGUGCGACGAGCACACCAUGGAGUGGUUAUGGGACGUAGCUACGACGUGCUCGCGUCACGACGUUCGAUUGGCGGCGCGUGACUCGUUUUUGGCCGCGCUCGGUUUCGAUUGUAAGUGGGGUUCGCUGUACGACGCUCGAGAGCAGAGGUACGACUACAGACUCGGCGCGCCCGCGGAUGGGAGAUCGCAGUGUCCGCCUCCGGCUUGGAUACUUUGCGCGAGCACCGUGUGCGAUACAUUGCGCACUUUCGGUGCGCGAGACUACGUGAACUCGCAGCGUUCAUCACUAUCCGCACCGGCGACCCCUGCGAACGAGGACGACGCGCUUUGUUUGCGCCCAGAACUCUUCGUCGUGGCGGAGAUGGUGACUGCAGUUUGCGACAACGCCUUCGCGCGGAACGUCGAAGCGUUCGAUAAUGUCGAUGGAUGCGCUAGGAUGCUGCAAAUGUUUGUGUCCAUCGCGAUCGACUAUCGCGCGCAGGCUUUGGGAUGGGUUCUCCAAGACGCCGCGGCGGCGCUCCUCGCGAGCGUUCCGCAAAAAUCGUGGGACACGUUCAAAUCCAAGGCGAUCCGUUACCUGCUCGAGAUCAGUUCCAACAUAGACUCAAACGCAACGGAGGAGGACGAGUAUGCGAACGUCGGUGUGUACGCGCGCGUCGUGCAAUGGUUGCCGAACCUCACGAGCCGCGACAGAGAUUUGCGAGACGCGCUCGCGGCGGCGUCCGCCGUCUCGAUUCGACACCUCCUACCAUUUGCCAAAUCCACCGCCAGCGUAGGUAAGAAGCCAAAAAGGAUCACACCCGCGGAGCUGAUGAAGAUCAUCCCGAAGCUUGCUCGCGACGACGCGCAGUCAGUUAUUGCUCGUCGACGAGCCGCGAUGGAACAUUUGUCCGACGUCGUCGUCCGACAAGACACCCCGGCGAAAGAGGUCUGGUCCGUCAUCGUGUGCAUGGAUCUCGUUGACGUCACUCUGAACGGCGGUCGCGUCGUCGAUGCCGAGGAAAACGACCCAGAGGGCGGUCUCCAGCUCUUCACCCGUUUCCUCUCGCGCAAGGUGUCGAAAUCGAACCGCCGGUCGCUCGGCGAACUCCGCACCAAACUCUUCUCCAUGGGCACUCGAUACGAACGCGCCGUCAAGGAACACGACAAGCGUGCAGUUGCGCGAAAAGAAUCCAUUUACGCCGUCGAUUAG